AUGGCGGCAUCCAUUUCGGGCUAUACUUUUAGUUCUGUGUGUUAUCACAGCGCUAACAGCAACUCUGAUCAUGUAAGUACAGGAAACAUUUUAAUGAAUUGGGAGAGAGUGCAUACAUUUGUUUAGUUACAACGGGUGUAUAUUUGGAUGUUAUUCUCAGGCAUAAACUCAGUGUAUUUCCCAGUGUCAUCUUCCUGUUGCUAGCUAGUUGCAAAUUUAGCUCAAUCACUUACAUAGCGAGACAUUUGCUAGCUAGUUGGCUAGCCUGCUAUGCUAGCUAUGUCAACCCAACUGACUUCCGUGGUGUCGACUGUAUAUAUAUAUUUUUGACAAUGCAACAUUGAUGUAGCCAUAGUUAGUUAGUUGGUUAACUAUAUUUGAAAAAUGUCAAUUGCAUCACCUUCUGCACAGCAAGUACUACAAAUGAACUAGUUAGCUUCUGGUCAUAUCAUUAUCAGAAAGAUAGAGCAAGCUAGCUAUCUAGAUUGUUUCCGCAUUAUCUACUGUAGCCAGUUAGCUAGUCAUGUCAAAUUAUCUAGCUAGCUAAUGUUAACUGGCUAAAAAUGUAGCUCCAUAUUUCUUGCUAAGUAAUUGUUUGUUGUAUUUUUUUUGUUGAGUAAUUUAUUCUAGCAAUGUUACCACACAGUUAGCAAGCUAGCUAGUUGGACAACUAGGAAGUGAAUUGAUCAAAUAAGUCAUCACCCAUUCAAGCCACACAAGUUUUUGUUUACCAUUAGAUAUAAGACUGGAUUGACACCUGCCAGCAAACUGAGUUGCAUGUCGAUGCUGCCUAAUGUUUCACCUGACAUUUGACACAUGAUUUGAUUUGACAAUGUGAAGGGAGAGCUUAAAGUGUCAGGCCUCAAACAGUGCUGUAUGAGUCAUUGUAGGAUUAGUAAUUGACUUCUGCCCAAUAUGUUGAUUGUUUCUCUAUCUAGGCCUAUUUCACGUUUUAUAAUUAGAAACAACUUUUUGCUCCUACAGGAGGGAUUCCUUUUAGGAGAAGUUAGGCAAGAGGAAACUGUCAGCAUCAGUGAUACACAGAUCAGCAGUUCUGAACUACUCCAAGUAGUAGGUAAGGCCUUGGGUAGCCAAGUCAAAGAAACCAACCUAUUUGUUUCCAGGCUUGUCUUGACGGAUUAUAUGCUCCAUGCUACUGUGGAAUUCUGUCAAACUAGACUGGCAGGUUUCAGAUCAAAAGGAGUGUCUCUUGUUGUUUUUUCUGUUUAAAGUGGAAGACCUUUACAGCAGCUGUUCAAUAUGUUAUGUAGCUAGUCUCUGGGUAAUGUGUUUUGUAUGCAAUAUUACUGUAGGCUGUCUAAAGUCUUACAAUUGUAGGCAUCUCAACAUUUAUAGUGGUGGGAUUUACAUUUAAAAAAACAUUUUAGUCAUUUAGCAGAAGCUCUUAUUCAGAGCGACUUACAGUAUUGAGUCCAUACAUUUUCAUACUGGUCCCCCUUGGGAGUCAAACCCACAACCCUGGAGUUACAAGCGCCAUGCUCUACCAACUGAGCUACACGGGAUGACAUUAGACUAACAAUAUAUGAUGGUGUUUAAUAACCAUACAUUUGCUGCGUUCUUUUUUUAAACAGAAGUCCACAAUCAUGAACCUUGUGCACAGCUAUUUAGGUAAGAUAUUAUAUUAUAAAAAAUUAUAUUGAAUUUGUUGUCCUUAAUGACAUUUUGUGACGUUACUUUUCGUUAAAUGGUUUUUCCAAAUGAUUGCUUGGUUUAUGUGCAAACUAUUAAAGUUAUGGGCUCGAAUAUAAUUAGCCUAGACUAGUGAUGUAUCUGAUACAUUAUUUAUCCAAUCUGAGAUGAAGCUUUGUCUUGAUCAUGCCAUCAUGCACAUUGUAGGCCAAAUACCGCACAGUACUUCCAUUCAACAAAUGAGUGAUGUAAUUGUCAGUGAACAGUAGAUGGCCCCACCCCACCAGAAGUUUUGAGUAACUAAUGCAGAGCUACUGUGAGGAAAUUGACUUUUUGUCUGUAUCUUUCCCCCACCAGCUUUUAUGAUUAUGCUGGACAAGUCAAUGAAGAGAGUCUUAACAGAAUUCUUAAAGACAGACGGAAAGUGAGUAUUUAUUGUAGGUCUAUUUGUAUUAAAUUUUUUUGGUAUUAUUGGCCAGUAGUAUCUAGCUAAAACACUGUCUGUGCAUCUUUUACUUGACCCCCCUGUGUAGAAUGUCAUCGGCUGGUACAGGUUCAGGAGGAACACGCAGCAGCAGAUGUCGUUCAGGGAACAGAUCAUCCAUAAGCAGCUGACCCAGCUCCUGGGUGUGCCCGACCUAGUCUUUCUCCUCUUUAGCUUAAUCUCCACAGCCAACAACUCCACACACGCCCUGGAGUAUGUGCUGUUCAGACCCAACCGCAGGUAGGACCACCCACACGUAGCUAUAUGCACCGAACAGCAUGCACAAACAGGCUGGUGCAUAUGUUGGCGAUGCUGAACAAUCCACACACCCUUAAAGGGAUUCUUAGGGAUUUUGGCAAUGAAGCCCUUUAUAUACUUCCCCAGAGUCAGAUGAACACGUGGAUAUUGUUUUUAUAUCUGUGUCCAGUAUGAAGGAAGUUGGAGGUAGUUUCGUGAGCCAAUGCUAACUAGCGUUAGUGCACUGACUGGAAGUCUACAGGAACAUUAGCAAUUGUGCUAAUGCUAGUUAGCAACUUCCUUCAAACUGCACGUAGACACGUCAAAAUGGUAUCCAUGAGUUCAUCUGACCCUGGGGAAUUAGAUAAAGGGCUUCAUUGCCAAAAUCCUGAAGUAUCCCUUUAACAAUCCACACAUGCAAACUGUACAUUAAAUUGGCUGUUGAGCCUCCUCUCUGUGUGUAUUCCCAGGCUGUUGCUCACCCUGUGCAGGCAGGUCAAUGUAUGUGAGAGUUGGAUAAAAGCAGAAAGACCCAGUGGCACAGAUUCCACUAAGGUGGCGAACAGUAGUGGCCUCUCCUUUCAGACAAAAUGGUUGCUAGUUGUGGAGGCACCUCAGGUGCAUAGGCAUAUCAUUUAUUUAGUUUAUUCCUUUAUGUAUUUGUCAGGGACCUUGUACAACAUGCCAUUGCACCAGAUUUUUCUGUAGUCCCUGGACAGAAAACAAUCAACAUCAAUAUGUCAUUACAAUGUAACACACUAUUAAAAUAUCUAUAUAUUAAACAAAUAUACAAUAGACAAUAUAAUGAUAAUAUUACAUUAGAGUUUAAAUGUCCCUUGGUCCUACAGUAUCUUACAUUUUAAGAGUCGGAAUGUCUUAAUGUUCACAUGACUGGUUUCCUUAAAGAAGGACCGUUCAAAUACAUCAUACAUUGAUUAAACAACUAUGUAAGGUCUAGCCAUUCUAUAUCUAGGGUCAGAUGGACAGCGCAGCGGGAGGUCUGUAGGGAUUCAAGGCUUGGGUGUUGGAAUCAAGCUGGGGACUUAAAUACUACUGUCUGUGGCUCGAGGGCUCAGAGUGGGUUGGUGGAGGCCUGGAGGGAUUGUGUGGGUGAAACUGGACAUUAGCAGAUUAUUACAUCUUCUGAACUCUCAACUAGAUCCAUUGGAUCUGGGCAUCAAUCAAAGCAAUGUAGUAUACUGUUGCUGCCCCAGCCAUUAAUGGGCGUAAGGGUAUUUUGAGCUAGGCUGCCUGUAGUGUAUCAUCAGACUAACUCUCUGGUUCCACCCAGCAGGUACAACCAGAGGGUGACCCUCAGCAUCCCGAACCUGGGCAACACCAGCCAGCAGGAAUACAAAGUCUCCUCUGUCCCCAACACCUCACUCAACUAUGCCAAGGUCAUCAAAGAGCAUGGGUGAGUGUCUCCCACAUGUAGGCACUGUCAACUCGUUAAUUCUUUAGUAUUGAGAAUCAUGUUUGAUGGAAAUGGGAUGUGCUGUAUGUUUUGCAGGGCUGAAUUCUUUGACAAAGACGGUGUGAUGAAGGAUAUCAGAACAAUUUUUCAAGUCUACGGUGCACUACAAGAUAAAGUGCAAGUGAGUUGGCAUUUCACUGUGAUGUCUGCACCUGUUGUAUUCGGCGCAUGUGACCAAUAACAUUUGAUUUGAAGUAUACCAUCUGCUGUAAGCAUGUGUCCCUUGCACAUAACAAUUGCUGGUAUACACAUGGCCAAAACACUAAGUGUGUUUUUUGUUAUUGCAAAAGAGAAAUAGGUUCUCUCCCUUACCACUUGUAAUAACAAAAACCGCUCAACUCCAUUACUGUGCACUGCAAUUACAAUGCUAUUAGGCCUGCUAAUGUACUGUGCAACAGCAAUUAAUACAGCUGUUACUGUAGUGUUACUGUAGCGAUUAUCAUUUCUACACACACAGCAGGUAGGGCUUACCUUGACUUCCACAUUAGAACAGUCUUCUGUCUGCAGUACACUUCUUGCAAGUUCAACAGAAGCUGCAGAAUAAUCUAUUCCUGUGAGAUUUGUGUAUCCACUUUUGGCCUAGAGAAGAAAAAAAAAAUCAGAAUGCAUAAAGAACAUGAAUAGUCAUGCAAAGGCAAAAAUGAUUGACAUAGGUGAAGAAAGCAUUCAAGCUAAUGUUGUCCUACACUGAGUGUACAAAACAUUAGGAACACCUUCCUAAUAUUGAGUUGCACCCCCCUUUUGACCUCAGAACAGCCUCAAUUCAUCAGGGCAUGGACUCUACAAGGUGUCAAAAGCACUCCACAGGGAUGCUGGCCCAUGUUGACUCGAAUGCUUCCCACAGUUGUGUCAAGUUGGCUGGAUGUCCUUUGGGUGGUGGACCAUUCUUGAUACACAGGGCUAACUGUUGAGCGUGGAAAAAAACAGCAGCGUUGCAGUUCUUCACACACUUACCCUCUGAAUGGCACACAUACACAAUCCAUGUCUCAAUUGUCUCAAGGCUUAAAAGUCCUUCUUUAACCUGUCUCCUCCAAUUCAUCUACACUGAUUGAAGUGAAUUUAACAAGUGACAUCAAUAAGGGAUCUUAGCUUUCACCUGGUCAGUCUAUGUCAUGGAAAGAGCAGGUGUUCUUAAUGUUUUGUACAUUCAGUAUAUGCUACAGGUGUGUAUGCCUAAUAGGCAUUUUUACAGCAUAGUAAUUACACAACUUUCAAUUUUUUUCAAAGCCUACCAGUUCUACUAAAAGGACACCAUUCCCUGUGCCAAUAUCAAGUACAGCAGCAUCUUCUGGGAUUCCCUCUUUUUCCAUCCACCGCAGUACACGGUCCAUACUCUCUUCUCCAAACCUUAGGAAAUAGAGAUGGGGCACAGUACAGCACAAUGACAACUGUAUAAACUUUGACCAAAUGUGUCCUUGGUAGCUGGAUAUUGUAGUAGGUGGUACACUGGGGCAAAGUGUUGGAGGCAAAUGAACGUUCCACCCAUAGACAUUAGUUCGACCCUUCUGAACACCUCUCCAAUCCAUUGUAAGUUGAUAUAGGGCUGCACAGAUCCAUUUACACUAUAACCAGUAUUAUCUUUACCAUAUCUCACCGACGUCUCCAAUGUCUUUAAAUGUCUGCAAUUCCCUCUGGUACGCAUCAUCCCAGCUAAAAAAUAAAUGGAAAUAAUGUAACACCUUGCUAGAAACAGAAGGAUACAACGUUUCAAAAAAAUAGUGGCGAAGAACAGUGCCUUAAUGUGUUUGGACCCCAGGAAACGUAUGGGGAUCCCUAAUACAUACAAAAAAGACUAA